AUGACAUCAAAGGAAGACGAGAGCCGAAGACCUUCUUCGCAACUUGCAGAAACGCGAAGCUCGUCGAGCUUGUCUUCUUCGUUCAGUAUGAAAGACUACGAAAAGAAACAUGACGGCCAGGCGGAUACUACGAACUCUCAUCCUCCUCCUCCUCCUCCUCCUCCUUCCUCGACAUCACUUCCACCUCUCGCGAAGCCCCACACGCUCGAGCUCGAUCCCGUGGAUGCGGUCAAUUUGCCCUAUCGAACCGUCACCGUCGAAGCGCAGGAUCGCUUGCGAGAAUACACCGAAGAGACGGCGACGGGUCUGCAGCCGGUGGUCUCGAUGAAGCGCACGAGGACAGGAGAGCUGCAGUCGGAAAAGUAUGAGCUCGUCACGUUUGUCGAGAAUGAUGCCGAGAACCCCAAGAAUUGGUCCAAGGCGUACAAAUGGUGGUGUACCAUGGUCGUGGCCAUUACCUGCUUCGCUGUGGCCUUCAAUUCUGCCGUCAUCACCGCAGAUCCUGCUGGUCCCGCUGAGACGUUUGGUGUCAGUGAAGAGGUCUCGCUGUUGGCGACGACGCUGUUUGUCUUGGGAUUUGGGUUGGGACCCAUGGUCUUCGCGCCACUGUCGGAAAUCUUGGGGAGGAGAAUCAUGUAUGCCAGCACAUUGCUUGUCGCUGUGGUCUUCAUUAUUCCCUGCGCGGUGGCGGACAAUAUCGCCACGUUACUGGUCUGUCGAUUGAUUGACGGUAUCGCUUUCUCUGCCCCGAUGACUCUCGUGGGGGGAACGCUGGCAGACUGUUGGAAAUCAGAGGAGCGAGGCGUGCCAAUGGCUGUAUUCAGUGCAGCGCCUUUCAUUGGCCCUGCAGUCGGACCAUUAGUAGGAGGCUUUACAGCUGACCACUUGGGGUGGAGAUGGCUGUACUGGCUACAGCUGAUCCUUUCUGGCUUCUGCUACAUCUUCAUCACCUUUACCCUUCCCGAGACCUAUGCCCCCACGAUUCUCAAGAGAAGAGCGAAGAAGAUGAGAAAGGAGACGGGCGAUGAGAAAUACGUGACCGAGAUGGACCUGGACUUGCGACCCGUGAGCGAGCGGUUGCGCGUGUUCUUGUUGAGGCCUUUUCAGCUUCUGUUCCAAGAACUGAUCGUCUUCUUCAUCUCGUUGUACAUGUCCGUCCUGUAUGGACUGCUCUACAUGUUCUUCAUUGCAUACCCCAUUGUCUUUCAGGAAGGCAAAGGCUAUUCAGCGUCCAUCACAGGCCUCAUGUUCAUUCCCCUUGCACUGGGAGUCAUCAUGAGUGCCAUCUGCUCGCCGUGGGUGAACAAACACUACCUGAAACAAGUCGAGCGGUACAAUGGCCGGCCGCCAGCUGAAGUUCGACUGAUCCCCAUGAUGUGGAGCUGCUGGUGCAUACCAGUGGGGCUCUUCAUCUUUGCGUGGACAAGCUACCCGCGACUGACCUGGUUUGGACCAGCAUUUGGCGGCUGGUUCGUGGGAUUUGGCUUCAUCUUCCUGUACAACUCUGCAAACAACUACUUGGUCGACACCUAUCAGCAUCAAGCAGCUUCGGCGUUGGCAGCCAAGACGUUUCUUCGCAGCAUCUGGGGCGCCGCAACUGUCCUCUUCACGAUCCAAAUGUACCAUCGACUCGGCGAUCAAUGGGCAAGCUCUCUUCUUGCCUUUAUCGGAUUGGCUUGCUGCGCGAUUCCAUAUUUGUUUUAUUUCUUUGGCGCGCAAAUCAGGGCACGCUCCCGAUUCGCAUACGCUGGUGACGAGGAGAACCAUACCAUGGACAUCUACUUCUAA